AUGAACAAAGCCUUCCCUCCCGAUGAAAGCCGAUUGUCGCCAACGAAAACUCUGCUGCCACUGCUUUCACCGCUAUUUGGCAUCACCGACCUCACCAUCACCUUCUCUCAUAGCCUACCUCCUUCCUCUACACCCGAUAGACACCACCAGCAGCAAUCUGUUUCAACCCCUCCCCCCUUGUCGCCGGAAAACAGCAACUCAUCUAAUACCGCAAUCGCCCACCAGAUCCUUUCAACUUCCAUCUUUGGUCGCCACAAGUUGGGCCAAAUAAACACAUCUGAGCUAUAUUUCCUCUAUUGCAUGACUAGCCACUGUUGGUCUUACCCCGGUUUCGCAACCUUUUUCUUGGAUAAGUGUCACAGCAUACGCACGAAGACCACUGGUGACAUUUGCAUUGGAGGUCUCAUUACCCUUAUUGGUUUGGGUGUGGGCCUUCAAUUUCUCGAGUCUGAGUAUGUACCAGUGGACGACCCACCUCUCUACCUCCUCGACUGCAUCGCUCUCACUAAGAUGGAAUUAUUGGUGCCUAUCAACAAUCAUCAUUACUCCUGGCUCAACCACGUCAAGCAACCAGUUUAUACCUUACCUAAUAUAAGCAUAUCCGCCUUUUCCACUAGCGACCCCGAAACUUGGUUCUUGCCUGAAGAGUUACAUGAUGAUGAUACUACAACAAAUGAUGAAAUACAGGUUGACAAUGCCAAUCCUGAUAGUCCAUUUGAGGCCAAAGACCAUUAUGACCUCCUAAUCAGACAAUUGCCACCACCCUUUUAUGGUCAGCCUUUAGGAGUACACUUCGAGCCACAACAUGAGUAUCAUUGCUAUCCACAACACAACGAUCCCGAGCCGGAACCCGACUUUCCUCUUGAUAUAUACAGUUAG